GGAUCCUGGGUCCUCGUCCAAUUUACUCGCUCGACUCACCUUCGGUCCCCGCGCCAAGAACGAUAUGCAUAGCUUCGCCGCUCUCCGCGCUGCUGUCGCGUUCUCGUGCAUAUCGGUGUCUCUUGCCAGGAAUAUCCUGCUCACGAACGACGAUGGAUGGGCUGUCGCACAGAUCCGCGCACAGUACCAGGAGUUGGCUCAGGCAGGAUACGACGUCGUCUUGUCAAGUAACGCAGAGAACAUGUCAGGCACCGGGUCUACGACCGCCACACCCACCGUACUCACCGAGCCCUGCGAGUAUGAUACCUGCCCUGUUGGAUCUCCAGCAGUGGGGUUCAAUGCAAGUUAUCCGCGUUUCAACUACGUCAAUGCUUACCCAGUGGAUGCAGCCCGCUAUGGCAUCCAGACGCUCGCACCUAAGUUCUUUUGGGGCGCCAAGCCUGAGUUCACCGUAAGCGGUCCGAACAUUGGCAAUAAUCUAGGGACUGUAGUCCUCAUCUCUGGUACCGUCGGCGCUGCUUGCGAGUCUGCAAAGGAAGGGAUCCCUGCUACCGCUUUCUCUGGGGGAACGGGCUCGCAAGUUUCGUACACCACCCUUGAGAGCGACCCAACGGCGUCCUCGACCGAGUCCUCUUGGAUCUACGCGGCGCUCACGGUGCACUACACGGACACGAUCCUCGGCUCCUUCCUCUUCCCGGUCCUUCCGCCCGGUAUCAUCGUGAACGUGAACUAUGCGCCCAUCGAUGACUGCCCGAGUCCUUCGGACUACAAGUGGGUUUUCUCGCGGAACCUCGCCGAUGCGGGAGCGACGGAUAUCUGGAGCUGCGGGAGCACGACGCUGCCAGCGGAGAGCGACGUGGUGGCUACAUCUGGCUGCUACAAUAGCGUCUCCGUGAUCAAUGCCACGACGAAGGCUGAUGUUGGUGCGGACCUUCAAUUUGAAGUUUAUACGCGUCUGCUUGGGCUUCCUUUCAGCUGCCUGCCGAGCAGCUGAACCCUUCAGGAGCGUGCUGCUAUCUUUUGUCAUUGAUCUACGUCCGUCGUGCUAAUCAAAAAUACACUUCGGUCCUGUGUGAAGCUGCGGUUGCUUCGCAAACAUCGAUUGGUCGUAUAUGCUGUUUGAG